AUGAAUCCCCAGACAGCUUCGACCUCACUACAUUCGCUUCCGCCCAAAUUUGUCCCUGGAGUCGAGGUGAUCGAUCUUACGGAGCCUGAGGCCUCCAGCCAGAGCCAUACCUGGACCUCCAAACUGAACGCAGGCUCUUUCAACAAUAGCAGCCCCGCCUUCAUCGAUCUCUCCUCACCUCCGUUGUCCCCUCUUAUGUUCCGAGAGGAUAGAGAUGCCGAGUAUGGAUCAUCUGGUGCUGCGGUUACAAAGGAUGUCGGGGGUGACCACCUUGACAUCCUGAGCAUUUCUGAGCCAGCGAGGCGUGUUCCCAUCCAGAGUACCUCGCCCUUGGGGGCUGCUACUUCUCGUUUGACCGAGUUCGCCUCGGCGCUUGGCCAGACUGCCCAAUCUUUGGAGGCAAUUGAGCAAACCGUCCUCGAUUCUGACAUGGAUUCGAACUAUAGUAGCGACCAUAGCCUCGACAGUUUGGAUCAGGACAACACCAGCGAGUUGAGUGACGCCGAAAGCAACGUCAACUAUCCUGAAAAUUUCAUGGAAGGUGAAUACUCGAGCGAUGAUGACGAUGACAGCGGUAGCGAUCAUGACAUGGAUGAUCAAAGCGACGGGUCAAGCGUUCUCGACGAGGAUAUGGUGAACUACUCUGAGGAUGAUGACAAUGAGUCUGCCUCUGAGCAUCAGAGUGUUAUUGGCGACCUAGAUAUCUUCGACUGUGAUCAGCCAGCAUCUCCCCUUCCACUCUCCCCGAUGAUGGGCAGACCGACCCUUGUCCAUAACCAUCACACUGCACCUGUAGUGUCUGAUGAGCAAGACGACACUCUGGACCACCCGGCUUCAGACACCGCAUCGCCCGUCAUUCCUGUCAGCUCGAAAAAGGAUGAAGCUUGUGCUAAGAGUACCAAUCCCAUUGCAAUUGAAAAGCUCUUGAAUGACCGUCCCGGUGUGGCGCAGUCUAUGCACCAAGGCCCCCCUCUUCCUGAACUUCGGAAGACUACCCAGCCUAACUCGUGGCCGGCUUCUUUCAAGGGAGAUUUUGAGUCUCUGUGUCUGAAAUCAGGCAAAGGAGACUUCUGGUCUGCACGAGAAGGGAACAAGGCAUAUUUCAACAAGACCUCUGGCCAGACCUUCAACAAGGCUGCUUUGGAGACUCAGACUGCCGCUCGCCCAGCGUCGUCGGUAUAUGCUCUCUGCAAUGCAAUGCCCACCAACCCCCGGUUUGACAACGAGAUGCACACGAGAGAUCUAUCAGGCUUAGAUCAACAGGUCUUUUCUAGAUUGCCUCCCAUGGAAACCUCGUUCAACAGCACCGUAACACAGUCGAUCUGUUCUGAUAGUCUUGAUCGCCUACUGUCGAGCUCUGCACGCCGCGGAAAUCAGCCAAACGCCUACAAGGAGCAAGAGAAGACUAAGGAGCCUGAGACUAAGAAGACUAAGGAGCCCGAGACUGAGAAGCCCGUGGACCAAAACGCUGAGAACGUGGCGUCGAAGACCAGCGAUCUUGAAUCUCAGAAGGUCAAUGUGCAGUUUACGAUCCAGACCGCUGAUGAGCCUCAGUCGCUUGUCGAGGCAGAGAAGCCGAAGGCGAAUUCUGACUCUGUAAAGCGCAAGAGAAAGGCUGAGGAUAUGUCGGUAGAAACAGAGGACGACUUGAAGUGGGGCGGUGUGCCAGAGACGGCGGGUACUGAGGUCCUCAAGGCCGAUGGCCUCGAGGAGGCUGCUACAGAGGUUCGUGGCCAGACUGUUGAGUCCUCUAUCCAAGUUCUUCGUCCGUUUGAGAGGCCGACAAAGAAAGUUCGGUUGUUCCGUCUCGCAGAGCGCGUAGGGAUUGCGGCUAUUGGCGGAGCUAUGGUGAUGGGCACUCUGAUUUAUACGGCACCUACCUUUGCUUGA